AUGACUAACGGUUCAUCAGAAGACAGCGUCCGGCAGACGUCAAAUGGCGAAGGGGUUGGCCGCGACAAAUUAGCCGCUGAGUGGAUACAGCCAGGCUACAGAGCCGAGGUCCAGAGUAAGAUGCUAGAAAAUCAGGUGUUACAGCGCGUGCGCGAGGCCACUGAUCUGAUCAAAAGCGUGAAGCUGGAGCGUAAUGAGGAGCAGCCAGUUGUUUCGAUGGACUGGGACCAGCUGUACGACGUGUCUUCGAACAUAAUGGAAGAAUUUACAAAGGAAAUGGACGAGAUAGUGGCAGAGCUCAACCAGUCGUUCAAGAAGCAAUUGCUUUGGCAGGAGGCGGCGUUUACCGUCGACUCGCACAGAGGCGCCACCCGGUUCGGCGCUGCGGAAAGCUGGAUGAAGAGCAAAGAGACGCACCUGGAACAGAAGCGGCGGGAGCUCAAUGCAUCGGCGCGCAUCAUCAAGAGCACGCUCGAAAAUUUGACGCAGGGAUAG